AUGGCUUCUAAACAACACGCCGAGGGUCUGGCCGAAUACCUGAACUGCCCCAUUUGUCUGGACUUGUUCAGCGAGCCGGUGAUCCUGGAGUGUGGCCACAAUUUCUGCCAGGGCUGCAUCAUGCGCUAUUGGGAAGGCGGCGAGACCGUGUCGUGCCCGGAGUGCCGCAAGGUCUUCUCCGACAGGAGCCUACGAUCCAACCGGGCGCUGGCCAACCUGGCGAGGAAAGCUCGCAACCUGCUGCAGCCGGAGGCCGAGAGCCGGUGCCGCCGGGGGGUGGAGGAGGAGGAGGAGGUGGAGAGGCGAGAGUCCCGGGGCAGUCCAGGGGGCGGGCAGCCGGUGCCCCUUCACUGCGGCGAGCACGGAGAAGAACUCAAGCUGUUCUGUGAGACGGACAGGGAGCUGAUCUGCGUGAUGUGCCUGGAGGGGAGAGACGGCCAGGGACACCGGUCCCACAACUUCAUGCUCAUCAGUGAAGCGGUGGAGAUGUACAAGGACAAGUUGAAAUCCUUAUCGGACAUUCUCAAGGCAAAGUCAGCUCUCCUGGAAGCGAAAAUGACGCAAAAACAGGUUCCGGACGUCGGGGAUCAGAACAGCCAACUUCAGAACUUCGUUAUGUCCGAAUUCACCAAAAUGCACCAGGUCCUCAUUAAGAUGGAGAAGCGCCUGAUCGGCGAGUUGAAGGAAAACGCCGAGAAGAUCUCGGAAAGGCUGGAGAAAAACCUCAAGGACAUCCAGGAGAAUCUGCUCACCAUUCAGCAAAAGCUGUCUCGGUCACAGACACAGUUGGAUCAGGAAGACAUCAUCGCCUUCUUGAAAGACCAAGCGGAUGAGCAGAUAAGCGAGGACCCUGGGCAACUAUUGUUGGCGAUCGACCGACUACCUCUGGGGAUAUUUCGAGGGCCUUUACAGUACGCAGCCUGGAAGGAAAUGGCCGAGAGUAUCACACCUUUUCCAGCUUCAGUGACGCUGAACCCGAAGACGGCUCACUCAUGGCUCAUCGUGUCGGAUGAUCUGACCAGUGUCCGCUAUGCCAACAAGCAGCAACAACUGCCCGACACUCCAGAGAGGUUCAACCCUUCUCUCUGUGUCCUGGGCUCGGAAGGGUUUGUGUCGGGGAGACAUUACUGGGAGGUCGGGGUGGGGGAGAGCACGGAGUGGGACGUCGGGGUGGUGAAGGAGUCGGUCAACAGGAAAGGCGACAUCACCGCCGUGCCGCAGGCUGGAUACUGGAUCGUCUGGUUGAGGAACGGCAACGAUUACAAAGCCGGCUCGCUGCCCCGCACCCGCCUCCGCCCGGGCAGCAGACCCGGCAAGAUCGGCGUGUACCUGGACUACGAGGGCGGCCAGGUGUCGUUCUACAACGCGGACAACAUGUCCCAUCUCCACACCUUCACCGACCUGUUCGCGGAGAAGCUCUACCCGUUCUUCAGCCCCUGCUUGAGCGGCCACGGGGAGAACUCCGAACCGCUGAAGAUUUGCCAGUCCAAGCUGUAUUGCCGUUGA